AUAAGACCUCGAGAGCACUUUGUAAAUAUGGUGUGCUGUAUGUGUUGAAUUGUUUUAUCUAUGGGUCUUCUUUUCAGUCUUUCUGUCUUUCACUGUCUUUUAUGAAGACUGAGAUUUCUCUUCCCUGCGGCGAUGGAAAACUCACCCAGAAGCGAAGGUAAACUUCCUAGUUUAUUUACAAUUUACGGUUAAAAAUAUUGGGUAAAAUAAUUGCCUUAUGCUCUUCAAAUCCUCGGUAUAACCAAUGAAAUCUUUCAAAUUUCUCCGUUAACAGUAUCACCUGUCACUAAAAAAGGGCAGCGAACUAAAACUGAUAACGUAUCUUUACUUAGCUGGUCUCAAAGACGAACAUACACUCACUUCUUAUGUGGUAUGUAAGUUUAAAGUAUCGCUUUGAUGAGUAACAAAAGAAAAUGAUAUAAAUUUUUCUGUACAUUACUGCGAAAGGGAAACCUAAAAGGAAUUUUGUUUAUGAUGAAAGGAAUAGUCAUUUAUUUUAUUACUUCCGCGUCUGUUCAAGUUCACCAGCUGUAAGGACAGAAAAUUUCAAGACACACAGCUGUUACUUUCGCGAAGGCGAUUCCUUUAUAUUUUUGCGCUGCGCAUCAUGAUCGCGCAUUUCUUGAGGACGCAGGGGAGGUUUUUAUUUAUUUAUUUUAUAUUGAACAAUCUUUAGUCAGAGGUGCCCAGUUCAGUGAGGCUGGUUUGAAUGAGGCCCUGAUGAAAAGAAAAAAAAACAACACAAAAAACAAUAACGGAUCAAAGAAAAAAAAAUGGAACAACUAAGUAUAGUGAAAGUAUUGGAGGCUCAAUUUGGCUUGGAUCUAAUGCAUCAGCCAAUUCCACCUGCGCCCACCCCCCCCCCCCUGGGCUGACCCCCGGGCACUGGCAUUUUUUUUGCCUUGGAUGGCAAAUUCCCAGGAGUGGGGACUCUUAAGCUGUCAAAUCCCCCGUGGUGGGGACAAAAAAAGACCGCAAAUGCCCCAUCCUCCGUCAACACUGCAACAUUUUUCAUUGAUCGCACAGUCGAAUAACGUCAUUUUAAGCAUUUUAAUGUUCUCAUUUUUUGUUUCAAUUAACGUCUUCCUUUGUAAUAGUGCUAGGAUUCUAACGACGCGCUAGGAUUCUAACGAUUCUGACGAUGACAUGCACCAGUUUAUGGUUUUAAUAUUGAUAUAAAGUUAUUGACAUUAAAAUUAAUAGAGUGCUGUGAAGUUAUAUGGUAUGAAUAGUUUUAUAAAUACUUCAACAGAAAUUUGAAAAACAUUGAUUCACAUCGAUAGCUCCAAUAUUUCGCUAUGUAAUUUUGAUAAGCAAUGAAGAAAUGUAUGCAUAAAAUCGAGAACAUGCCUUUACAACCCUCUUCAAUUUAUUCCUGUCCUUGACAGAUGAGCCAAUCUGCUUUUUUUCCAGUAAAACCAUCUGUGUAGUUAUAUUCUGAUAGGAAACCGUGUGCGUGUCAAAAGCUCGGGAAUGGCCCUGGGGUUGGCAAAUUCCCGGCCCCCGGGCAGUGGAAAAUUUGCAAAUGCCCCACCCCCGGGACUGACAAGGCGGGCAAAUGGGAGGGGGUGUGGGGGCUGGGUACAGGGGGAAUUGACUGAUGCAUAAAGUGCCUUUUUAGGUCAAACCCAAACUUGUUUAAAUCGUGCUGGCUCCUCAGGGCCAGAGGAAGCGUGUUCCAGAUGUUGGCUCCACUGAACUUGCAGGAGCCCUGGUACUUAGUUAUCUGAGUUAGCAGUAGAUGGAGGUUGCCUGUAAAACUGAAACUGUUUGAUCAUUGUCUUGAAUAAAGUAAUGGUCUUAGAAAUGACAGGACUUUUGCUGGGCAUUUGGUCAUCUGUCCAGUUAAAAAGAAUAACACUUUAAGUAGAGCAAUAUAAUUUUCAGGAAUGAAAAUAGCAUCUUUGAAUUAUUAAACUAUACAGUGUAAUGCUGAUUUUCAGGCCACUGUGCUACUCAAUGAAGAGACCUUUUGUAGUGUAUGGAGAUGAGAUGAUAAGGCCUUGCCUCUCAGUUAAAUUUUCUUUUUUUGACCCUUUUCAAAACAAAAGGGUGCUUCAUUGUAGGGAAGACAAGGAAGAACAUAAAAUAAUAAUCAUAAUCAUAACAGGCAAUUUGAGUUGUGUUAUAUGUAAUAGAGAGAUGUUAAGAAGGUUUGAAAAUUUCAAAGUUUACCUCCAUCGAACCAUGGCAGGGUGGUAACUGAUCUGUUCUUCCCAUGCAAAUCCUUCCAAUUAUCAGAGGCUGUAGCAAUAGGUUCUUUUGAGAUAUAAGCCUUCAAAUUUACAAAUUGAGUAAUAGUUAUUUUUAUGUACUCUUUCUAUUGCUGCUAAAAUUAUCUUUCCAAAAUACAUUGUUUCCUUGUUAAGAAAAAGUUGAUCAUGUGAUCAACUGUUGCAAAAAGCCCAUUCCUUGUAAAAAUUUUUAUUAUUCUAAAAUAUGUUUAUCAUCUCUUAUUUAUUAUUAUAUGUACUUACUGAUUUCUGAAAAUGCAUCCUCUAUGAAAGUGAAUGUGAUCUUUACAGAAGAAAAAAGGUUCCAGAUGGUUAAUAAAGAACCUGAACAACUUCGACAGGUUUCAAUGAGAAUCUAACCCUGACCUUUGCAAGGGGUGCACAGUUCCAUCAUUGGGUAUAUUAUGAACUCACAAUAAUUGGCCUGAUUUCCAGUUGGCUUUAUUAGCUCUAUGGAUAGAGCAUUAUGUCCAUUCAACGCGAAGGUCAAGGUUUGAUUCCUGGUAGGAAUUUUUUUCGGGUCUUUAUCAACCACUUAGGUUGUUCAUUCAACAGAGGGAACCACCCCCCAUUCCCAUUCAUAUCUUCAUGGAAAUUUAAAUAUGAUUUAUUUCAUAUUUUCUUAGUCAAUCCAGUUUUGUUACACCCUUUGUUAUGAAAGGUAAUGGGUAGUUAAUGGUAAAAUCUGUGGCUUUCUGAAAUGGAAAGACCUUGCAUUAAAUUAAAAAUUGAAGUUCUGCAAGAGGAAAUAAUGGCUUUGGAGAUGUUAAGAUUAGAUUAAAAGUCUUUGAACCCUCUGCUUUUCCUUGAUGCUUUUCCUUUUCGUUUGUUUAUUUUGGUAAUAAUUAAUGACUCAAGUCCUGAGGAAACAUAUAUCACGGAACAUUAUAUAUCACGGAACAUCAUAUAUAACUCUGUGGGACGUUAAAGAACCCACACACUAUUCGAAAAGAGUAGGGGACGUAGUUCCCGGUGUUGUGGUCUAUCUUCAUCACUUACAUCAUCACUCAUCAUGGGUUGGGAGGGUUCAGUGGGCUCAUAAAUGGACUGAUAGCGGCUGCCAUUGGCGCCCUUAGUAUGCUGAUGUCCGAGCCCACUGCAAAAAAGCUAUGUAAAGAGGACAUGUAUGUUUGUCCUCUCAAUCGCGACAUUUACAUUUACAUUUACAUUUACAUUUACAUUUACAUUACAUUUACAUUAGUAAUCUAAGAUCCAACAUAAAAAAAUGUAAAUCUAGCAGUGAUCAGCAUUCACAGGUACUAAGAUGACAGCACUUUUUGUUUUGAUCCCAGGAAAUGCAGAUCCUCAUAAUUUACAAGAAGGAUCCUCACAGGCUGCAGAUGGACAUGAGAAUUGUAGUAAAACUGACAAUGAUUUGGCUGAUGGAAUAGAAAAUGGCUGUAAUGGUGAAGAAGCUGAGUCAGGCUUUGAUGAAACAUCACAGGAUUGGAAUGAAGAAAUUGGCUCAUUAACAGAUGAUGUUUUGACUUCGGAGGAAAUUAAUGUACAGUGUGAGAACAAUAAAACUGAUGAUUUGGAAAAUUCUGAUUCAGCCAACAACAAAAAGAAUAAUGAAAGUAGCAAAACUCAUCAUCCAAAGCAUUUACACCACCACCAUCUUAGUUGGAAGAAUGCUAUAAGAAAGGCUCAGUCCUUGCCUGAUCCAUGGGAGAAAUUUCAUAUUGACGAUUCUUGUCCUACAGAAGUUGCCAUAAGACACAGAUAUAAUGCACUUAAGAAAAGCUGGGUAAAGGAUGAAGUGAGGAUUAAAAUGGAAUUAUUGGUGAGAUUCAGAUUUUAUUAUUAUUUGCUAAUAAGGCCACUUUACUUUAUUGUUGCCUAUUUUGUACACCUUUACUGACACUUGAUCCAAAGUAAGAGCCAAUGGGAGGGCAACUUCCUUACACAUUGCUUUAAUGGGGACUUCCCCCUGGACUGGUGGGUUGUGGUUUUUGCUUGUAUGACCUUGUAUGUUCCAAAUAGGAAUAAGAAUCGGUUAGGACACAGGGUAGCUGUCUUUAAGGUUACUUUCCCUUCUAAACAACAAGGUCACGGUUUCACACCCCUGGUGGCAUCUAUAUGCUGGUCAAACUUGGGUAUGUAGUAUCCCAAGGAACUUCUCAGACAUAGGGAAAUACAUAGCCAUGUGCUUAAGGUGGUCGAGCUAAGCUCUAUUGUUGGGUGAUAUUGUCUCUGGUAGAGUUUGAUGACUGACAUUUACAUCACCUCAUAAAAUUAAGAACAAUCAGUCUGAAAAUCAGUUGUAUUUAUGAUGGUUGGGUUUGGUUUGUGUAAUUUAAAAGCUAACUUUAAUUGACCUGUAGAACACUUAGUAAUACACAUGUGGUGUUUAUUUAUUUUUUAAUUUCCAGCCAUUUGAUCAAGGAGCCAUGAGGGAGUGUUUCAGACUGUAAGUGAACAGUACAGCAGCAGCAGCAUCAUCAGCUGAUGAAUGUACAUAAUAAAAGUCUUCAAAACUACCUUUUUUGCUAUAAAGUUACAUAGUUACUGACUACUGUAGCUGUAGAUUUCAAACUUGGUCGUUGAUUACUUUUCCAUCAACAUAACAAGUUGGUAGCUUGCAAGUGUCAAUCCCUACCCCUCUUCCCCUCCUGUGUCAGCCCAAGGUGUUUAUAUGCGCCACUACACAUGAAUUUCUCUUCUCUUGUUGAAAAAUAUUUCACUCCUCUGCUGCUCUCACUCAUAAAAUAUUUUUUCAACACAAGAAGAGAAAUUUUGUAUCUGCAAGUAGCCAAGUAAUGUUCUGUUUUAGUAUAAACUCAAAUGAGGUGCAAUUUAUUAUGUAAACAUAGCAGUGAUGAUCUUUUUAUGUGUAAAAAUGUCAUGUUUUCAUGUGAAGAUUCCACGUGGUAUUUCAUCAGUGUUUAUUUGAUAAAUGAUUUUACUACAGGAAAAAGUUAUCAAACUUCUCAAAGCACAUGAACUGGAAGCAUGCAGCUAAUUAUGUUGCAAAGCGGUACAUGGAACAAGUUCCCAGGAAUGUUUACUUUGAUGACGUCAGGCUACAGAUGGAUGCAAAGCUUUGGGGUGAAGAGUAUAACAGAUAUAACGCACCUAAAAAGGUUUGCUUUAUUUUCGUAAUCAUAACUAGCACUUUUUAACAUUCCACUUCUAGAAUGUCAAAAUACUGGACGGUACCAAAAUCAAAGUUUUCCAGAAAUUUAAAGCAAAUUUAGAAGGAGAAAAAAAAUUUAAGUAGGAGGCAACAGAUCAGUUUGAAAGGCGCAUCCAUAUGUGGGUUUGGGGCUUGUCCCCCUUCCAUUGGGGGGGGUCCAGGUGCUCCUCCCAAUACAAUUUUAAUUUUGGCUACCUUGAAAGGUGUAUUUAAGUGCAUAUUGAUUGACCAGGGAAAGAAUUUUGGUCAUGGGAGGACAUCACCUUUCAACUUUUGGUUCAUUCUUAAAUUUAUAGAUCAUAUAUUUGUUUUUAUUAAGCAAGGUUUUUGGAAACAAACAGUAAUGGAAAUUUUUUUCUGUUAGUAGCCAUGACCUGUAUGGUGACUUAAUGCCAAUUUUCAUCCCACACCAGAGCUUCAGGAGAACCCUGGCCAAAAUCCUGCAUACCAGGAAUCAAUUUUUUGAAAUCUGGAAUUCUUUUUAAUGUUUCACAAUCCUUACGAUGAUUUUAACUCAUCAACCCCUUGUGUUUUGUGUUUUCUUUACCUGCAGGUUGAUAUCUUCCAGGUGUAUGUGAUUGAAAUGAAGGAAAGGGAAGGUUCACCUUUGUUUCAUUUGGAACAUUUUAUUGAAGGAAAGUAUAUCAAGUACAACUCCAACUCUGGAUUCGUACGUCAAGACGAAACUUUGCGAUGUACCCCUCAGGUAACUUGCAUGCACGAUGGCACCCAAAGUCCAGCACUCUCACUACAUACAUUUUAGUCCACUUUGACCUUGAUGACAUUUGACUAGUCAACUACCAGAAUGCAUCUCGUGUUACCUACUUAAAUUUUUCAAUCCCGCUGAGGUUUAAAAAACAAUAGCCCUAAUUUACAAAAGAAAACAACAAACGGAAGGAUUCUGGUAGUUGUCAUAAGUCUUCACACAAUUAUCCUAUUGGCCUGUAACAUGGAAGAUGAAAAAGUCCUUUAAAUUGUGUCAUGUCAAGCCUGCGCACUUGUAUGACAUGAUGUAUGGCUGCACUGAAGAAUCAACUAGAUGCCGUAGCCUACAGACAAGCUAGUGUCGGAGCGCAUGCUGCCAGGCUACCCUUGCUUACAAAUGUACAGUCUUUGCCCCUCCUCUUGGCUAGUUCAACGAAGUUCAGUGGAUGUGACUUGGUGAAGUGAAGAUGAGAGAAAGUGAAGUUUCGUCCCUCCCACCUCCCCUCCUCUGAUGGCUGUCGACAAUGCCUAACCUCAAUAAUAUUGUCCUGGCAGUGGCGCUUUUCUCCCAUAAGUUAGUUCCUUGUGAUAGAUGUAAGCAGUGAGAAUAUUACAUGCUGAAAUGGUAGUUAAUAUUUCUUUACAUUGCUAAAAAUAGUUGUACAGAAUUUCGUUUUUAAACAUCAAGUUUCUUUAUCCAUGUCUGUGAUUUCUUGUCAUGUUUUUAAUUAGUUUCCAGCUUUUCCUUUUUAUGUUUAGGUGCAGUAAACUCUUUCUAAGCUGCGCUUCGGGUCUUUACCUUGUUUCUAGUUAUAUUACAUUGGACAACCUCUAAGACCAAUUUGUGCAUGUCUGAAUGUUGUCCAUCUUUAAAUGAGAACGUGUUUAGUGUAAUUCUUCCAACAAGUCCCAGUGUCAUGAAUACUGUACAAGAAAAGCAUUGAAGGUCAUACUUGACAUUUACAGGCUUUCAGUCAUUUUACAUUUGAGAGAUCUGGACAUCAGUUGAUUGUUGUUGACAUUCAAGGUAAGUUGGAAUGGUUCUUUGAAAUUAUUGUUUGUGUUACAAUAGUCCAGUUUCGAGUUAUGGCCAUUGAAUAAAAGUGUGAAUUAGAAUUUUUGCUGGCUUAGCCGCCAUGAUAUAUUCACAAACUCCAACGAGAAGAAGACCUGUUUAUUACUCUGUCUACUGUGUGUUUUCAAAUUUCAAACACUUACUUGCUGGAAUUUGUGAAUAUUUUACUUUAUGUCGAGCCAAACCGUGUAUGAAUGUGUCGUUAAUGUUUGUAUUCAGCUGUAUUUUUUUUAUCGAAACUUGAUUGUAAAGAUGUCCCUGGUUUUAUUUAAUCUCUGAUUUUAAAAAGUUUUUGUUUUUAGAAUUCAAAAAGGUCAGACGGCAAAUUGUUGUUGUUCGAAUUAUCUUGAAGUCGUAACUGUUCAUAAUAGAUUUUGUCUCGAUUUUUCCGAGUGUUAUAAAGUCUAGAAUUAAAAUGUCGUACUUGAAUAGUUCAUUGUCCUUCUUAAGGACGUGUCCUGUAUGGGGAGGAUGUUUUAGCCCUCUUUUUUGAAGUGAGUUAUCAUUAUUGUGAGUAGAGGAUUAUCCCAGACGGACGAAAGGCAAAGAAUGAGGAAGUAAAACAAACGAAAUAAGGAGGAGGAAAAAAGAUUAUCGAACGCAACACAAACAGGAUAGAAACUGGUUAAAACGAUGGGAGAGGGGAUCGGUCUGCAAAACGUUAUGUAAAAUUACCGAGAAAUCAGUAUUCGGUACAAAUAAUAUCACUUGUUGUCAGUUUCCUAUAGAUACGCUUGGUGACAAACGACUUCGAAUUGCAGUUACCUUAUUAAAACAAAUUAAUUUUAACAUUAUUAACAAGACAGCAAAGACAAAAGCGGCUUGAGUUUUAGCGGAUAUUUCGGAAGGACAAGCCGUCCUUCAUUUUGAUAAGGGGAUGACAAGAAGGAUGGCUUGUCUGUCCGAAAUAUCGGGAAAACUCAAGUUCCUUCUCUCUUUGCUAUGUUGUUAAUAAUGUUAAAUUUUUCUUAGAUAAAACAGCAAGAUUUGCAUAUCGAUUUUAACGCUUUCUUAAGUUUGCUGCCUGGUAGACAUUAGUCGUUGUCCUGGCUUGGCAAAUCAGGUUAUAGGGGAAUUCCUGCUGACGUCAUUGUUUACAUUUUUGCUCAUUAGCAAACAAGUUAACUUUGAAGAUGUACCCGUAUUUACAAAUUAGGUUCAAAAGUUGAAAGAGCUGGUUAGUUUGAGCAGUUUUUCCGAUCUUCAGCUCUUCGAAUCAAUAGCAAAGGAAAUAUACACUGUAGGCAAUCAAAAACUGAGAAGUUGCUGGGUGGCAAAAACGUUAAUGAGCUCAUACAUUCUUUGUAAAUUUUCGACUUUUAAAGAGAAUCUCCCCAAAACUAUUCCCUAUAUCGGGUUCAAAGUUUCAGAUAUAACUGAAUUGGUAUGCUCUUUGUAUUCAAAGGUUCUAUUUUAUUGACUUCAUCAGAUAAUAAUAAGCGUAUGUUAAUCGAAAAUAUGUAAACAAGGAUUCGCUUAUUGUUGUUACAGGAGUCGGUGACUUGUACACAGACCCACAGAUUCACACUUCGGAUGGCAAGGGGUAUGGAGAUGCCAACCUAGGUCCAAGAGGGAUGGCAUUGUUCUUCAGCUCCCAUAAAUGUAACAGGUAAUUCAUUCUAUGUCCUUGAAAACAUGUUUUUAUUUUCGCAGCAAUGAGCGAGGAAACUUUUGGCCAUAUCUCACAGUCUUUAUUGACUCUAUUCCGCAAAUCAGGAAUUUGUUGAAUGCCUUGUCGUGUGAUAGCGAUUGGCUGUAAAUGGUCAUGUGCAUCACACGUGCCAAGGCGCCAGGGCCCCACCCUAAAUUCGCCACUUAAGAAACGAGAAGGAAACUGGGACGAGUGAAUUUCGCAAAGACUUCUGGGACUACUAUCAACGACUCACUUUAGAAAGUUGGUUUACUAACUUAGAACAAACGCUACUGGAUCGUAGUCAACAGUUACCAGCACCGCACAAACGACUUAUUGACGGACUCAAGCAAAACUAACUAUCCGAGAAUGACUGGACAACCGACAAUUUGACUAACAAUAAACGACUGUUUUAACCGUGACAAUAGACGGAUCGAAACGCACCAAUGACAUUACGAGUCUUCAUUGCCAAUAACAUUAUACGGCUUAACUGACGGACGAACAAUAACAUCGCGACCUAAUUGACCAAUCAAAUCAAUAACCAGAGUUAAAUAGCAUCAACUGACGAGACACAACUCACUUUGACCCUGAAGAUAACUACCGCACAGGUUGUCGAAACGUCAGUCACUGUCAACAUCACUAUUCAGGACUACGUUCACCCGGACGAUCAUACUCAACCUACUUUUGAAAUGACUCCUGCAGGAUUCAAACCUUUCACGCUUCUGGAACUAUUACCAGGGAAAGGGAAAACAAUUGGCCAAUAGCUGACCGGUGUGUCUCCAGUAAGGUUUUCUUUUCUCGUUGCUAGAGUCGCGAAUAGAGGUGGAGACAAGGAACAUUCUAUUAUUUUCAGCAACUUGACCGCACUGAACACUUUUUCUUUAUUAGUGAUAUUUGCAGAAAUUAGCAUGGCUGUUUUUGUUGUUCUGACAUAUAUAGACCAUCAAGUUUAAUCCAUACACAAAACUUGAGCGUUACAUUUCAUUUCAUUUAAAUGGUUACGCACACGUGCGAACAACAGUGAAAUGAGGCGUAGCUUUUAGUAUUGCUUAAAUCAUGGUACUGUUUUUUUGACGGGCCAUCUCAUUGGUGCUUGGCAAUUAAUAGGACGUUGUUUGUUUGUUCUUUUUUUGCAGAAUCUGCGAGAGUCUUGGCCUGUCUCCAUUUGAUCUUAGCCCUAAAGAAGUUGAUCGAAUCGACCAAGCUCUGCGAAACAUUCAAGAGUCCACUACUGUCUUAAAAAAUAGUGAGCUUUGCACAUCUCCUGGCCGCAAGAUCUCCUCCACAAUUUAUGACAUGACUGAGUACUUGGCCCAGUCCCCGCCUCCAUCUCCGUCUAUUUCGGAACCAGACUCCCCUCGAUCUUCAUUGUCGUCCUCGUCCGGGUUAUUGUCGGGAUACUCGCGUCAGCUUUCCGACUCACAAUCAGAUUCUUCCGAGACUGAGAGUGAUCAAAGUGAUGUUUUUACUGAAAACGAGGUCAGUUAUUUCCUGGGCUAAGUGUCAACCUUAAACAGAAAUGCCUGAUCUGCGAGAUAUUCUUAGUUUCCCUACAGAAAGGUCGUAGAAAAUUCUUAGUCGGAGAAGAGCCUAUUUAGCGAACCUUAAACCCGAUUAAGAUUUCGCCGAAAAUACCGUUUGAAGCUAGUUAGUCGAACCAUUUUUUAGUUGUUUUCUGGCCAAAAACAGGCAAAACUACCCGAACAUAACAGUAUUUACAAGUCGAGUUCUAUACUGGCGUUUGCUCCCGAUGCCACGCUACUUAACCUAACUCUGUCUAACUCCGGGCAUGCACAGGAGGCAAGACACUGCUUCCUAGACAUUGACCUCUUGCUUUCUCUCUGAUUCUUUCGCUUUUCGUCCCCGCUUUUGUUUAAUUUUCAUUUGAUAGUCAUUUACUUGAAUCAUUUCGGUGCGAAAUUUGUUGGAAGAAAAGCCAAAGUUUCUGACAUUAUUCUAAAGACAUGCACUACAGGUGGGUGGUCGAAUUAGAUUGCCACUCGAUUAUCCCCGGUCAACGUUUUUUCUGGCGCGUUGACUGAACCUCAGGCUCAGUCAAAAUAGUUGGGACACUUUGCUGUCUUCUUGCCCUCCCAAUGUUGGUGUGCAAGAUAAAGUGAGUUUACUGCGAUAACCAACAUCGGAAGGACGAGGAGACGGGCAAGAAGUGAAAAAACAGUGUUGGGUGGAAGUGUCCCAACUAUUUUUGUCUGAGACUGUAGCUCAUUUGCAUAUGUUUUAAAACGUCACUUCUCCUGCACAAUGUAAGUAUAAAUUUUGUCUUUUUAAGCCGUUAAAACUGAUAAGUGUCGCAAGUGGUACGCAGGAAUGCGGUUCAAAACGGACAAUUGCCGGCGGAAUAGUUGUGAAUGUGCUGAAAGUGGAAUUGGGCGGAAUUUAAUUGGAGACGCCACAGAGUUUACAGUUUUUCUGUGUGGCUUGUGUUAGAGACUGAAAUCAUUGUCACUAUGCCGCUAAAGGAUUAAGACGACAGAGUCAAAUACAGAGGGAGAGGAAUGAAAUUGCCAUUUAACUCGAUAAUGUAUAUACUUUUGUUUUCCUCAGGAUGAAGAAGUGCAUGAAUUAUUUCCAGAAAGCAUGUUGCGCAAGGCAUCCAGCGUGUUUGCUGAGGUUGCAUUACUUGAAAAAUUACAACUGGAGGCAGCCGAGCAGCAGAAAAGAGAAAAAAGCGUGUCCAUUCUUGGACAGGUCAGUGUGACUGGGCCACUUAUGUUGCAUUUAAGCCAUGAAAGUGGUUAAACAUAUAUAAUUAUAUCUGGAUAGUGGUUACAGUAAUUUAAUCACGUAACUAUGAAAUAACGAUCCAGGGUGGGAAUGAAGUAAUGGGAAACAGUGGAAAAUGUUUCUUUAGAUGUUGUCAUUCAGAGCGAGAAAAUUACUUCAUCAAUAUAAAAGGCACUCGAAAGUGUGCAUGUGGUUGCAUCUCCCUAACUUAAAAUUUAAGCUAAUUUGUGAAAGCAUCCUUUGAAAAGCUAUGUUAAGGUUUCUGUUGUGUUUUUUACGUUGCAGACGUAUUGCCGACUAACGGAAACGCAUUCUUCUCGGGGUGGGGGGUGGGGGAUCGGAAACAAGUCUGGACCCGAGAGGGUGGCGGAAAUACAGCCCAUAGUAGUUACCUUAAAAUAAAAAAUGUGUAGGCUGCACAAAGAUUAUAAUAAAGCAACUGUAACCGGCUAGAAGAGGAAAUAUUAUACAUGAGCACUAUAGAUGAUUUAAUAAUAUUUGUUGUUUUUGGUAGGUUCAUCUGGAGUUCGCCAAAUGUAAUGAGAUUGGUCGCUUUACUAACAAUGAGCCUCAAAUGGACUGCGCUUUGUUUCACUUGGAGCAGUCAGCGGCUUGUGGAGACUUACAAGCGUUAGUAGCUAUGGCUGAGAUAUAUUUACAGCUACCUCAUGAUUUGCUAGCUGCAGUCACUGUGCAGGUGAUUAACAUAACUCUUUGACUGGUUCUGUUUAUGUAUUGUGACCAUUCAAAUAAAAGCCCAACCUGUGAUGCUGUUUAUUAUGCUGUACAAGAUGGUUCUCACAUUUGAGUGUGUGGACGAAAUCCUAAAGUGUGACCAUUCACAUUAAGGCUACUGAGUAGUCUACGAUCCUAUGGUACUGUUUAUUAUGCUAUAACUAGGUGGUUCUAAGAAUUGAGUUGGUGGAUGAAAUUGUACAAUGUGACCGCUCAAAUAAAAGCUACUGUGCAGUGCUUCCCUGUGGCCCUGUUUAUUACAUCGGCUGUACCAGUUGUUCUAACGUUGAGUCUGUGGAUGGAAUCGUGUAGUGUGACCACUCAAAUAAAUAGUACUGAGCAGUUCAUUCCCGUGGUACAUGUUGAGUUCCACUUUUUCCAAAAAUGUCAAAGAUAAAAUUCGGGAACUUUUUAAAACUUGUCGUUUUUGUGUAAAAGAUUUGCUUGUGUUUCUUUUCAGGAAUCUGACGAAGCAACAAACCGGGGAGUAGAGUACAUGCUAAAAGCAGCAACACUGGGAGACAGACAGGCCAUGGUUUAUAUGGCGAAGGCCUACGAAACUGGAAACGGAUUGGGGUCCCAGCGGUAAUGUGCUUUUUAACGGACACCACUAGAUGGACAUCUAGAGUUUUGUCUCUGGCGUUGCUCAGUCAUUUCUCUUGAUUCUCUAAAAGCCAGAUACCCUGUUAAGACGGACACUAGCGUGUUCCAGCCUCUCAGAUAGUGGGGAAGAUGCGAAAGUGAAAGACACGCAAAAAGUUGGCGGGGCGGGAAAAAGGAAAAAGGAAGGUCGCCCUUCCUCUUCCUAGUUUCCUCCCGUUGUUUUUUUUUUUCGUGUUCACUCUUUCUCAUUUCAACGGACCCGACUAUCUCGGAGCCUGGAACAGGCUAGAAGGACACAUAGUGAUUGUCCUAAGAGUAGCCGGUUUAGACUCAGAGUUAACUGUUACCAUGCUUGGCACUUCAUGACUGGUCCUGAGGUCUAUGUAACCGUCCCCCAUCCCCUGCCUUCUCCCCUCCCCUUCCCGUUAUCACGGGCAGUUUAUACUCUUCUCAGUUUUUGCUCACCAUGUGAAAUCAAGAUAGCGGCCUCUCAAACUUGGCGAUUGACCUCGAAAAUCGCAUGGAAAUCUUAAGUUAACUCUGUCUAAGACGGACCUCAUUGGGACUGGGACUGGGCAUCUGUUUUAGAGAGGUGUCCGCUUUGUAGAUAGUCGAACACAAGGACUGAAGAAAGGAGGGACCAAAUCUAGGCGUCCGUCUUAUGAAGGUGUCAUUACAGUCAGAGAGAGUUAACUGAAGUUUUCUAUCUGAUUUUAGAUAUCGACAGUCGGCGAGUUCGGGUUUAGACGUCUGUAUGAAUUGUUAUCUGCUCUUUAGAUGGCCCCAAACUUUCGUUCCUUGUUGGAGCGCUUUAACAAACCUGAAACGAGUGAUUAUGAUCUUGUGUUUCAGGGAACGCAGCUGGCUGGAGGCAGUCAAGUGGUAUCAGAGAGCUAUCGAUAUAGUGGAUGAGGAUGGCGAUCCACAUCCGCUACACACCGAUCCUAACUAUGCACUGACUGCUGCUCAAGCUCGCCUGUAUCAACAAGGGGGGUACGGACUGGACAAGGAUCCUCAGACUGCUGGCGAGAUGUACUCGGCAGCCGGCGAUUUAGCAAUCGCUUCUAUGAAGGGCAAAAUGGCAAACAAGUAUUAUGUUAUGGCUGAGGAAGCCUGGGCCGAGCUAGAGGAGUAGAUUGAAAAUGAUGGUUGGUAGCUGCUGUCGUUUGUUUGACCGCUUUCAAACGGGAACAAUAGACCCUUCUCACAUUCCUGUAAACAAACGCACCAACGCGAGGCUCUGGUGGACAAAAUACAGUGAUUUGUAUGAAAUUGUCCACCUGAGCCUCGUCCUCAUUUCUUUAUCUUUGCUCACUGGAGCGUAAUGUGGGAAAGGUCUAUUUGCAACAACAAACGUAGCAAAGUGCUUCAAGCAGCUACGGUUGUUAUUUCACCGUUAAAAUUUUGAUACUUUUGCAUCAUGAUUGUGCUGUUAAUUUUCUUAACGGAAACAGAAACUCACCUUUUUACGAAGAAUGAAAACACAUCGUAUGAUUUAAUAUAUCUUUGCUAGUGUUUUUAUGCUUCAGAGUAAGUAAAAUCUCAUUAUGCACAUACGUUUGACCACAGUGGCGUUCUCUGCAUAUUUUUGUAGCUAAAACGUAGUACAUGUUAGCAAGCAAUGUAAAGAAAAUACAGACUUAUACAGAGUCGAUGUUUCCGCAAUGCAGAUUAGACGUCAAGACGUCAUAAACCCGGAAGGACAGCACUAAUAGACUUUGUAUAAGGCUUUAAGAGUUAAGAGAUAAAAUCAAAGAAAGUAGUUCGGUUUAAUAUUGUUUAAGUAUGUGGUGUCAUAAGUUAUAUUGUGUAUAAUGUAAGAAUGCUUUGCUGUGUUUUCUUUUUACUCAUCGAGGCCACCAAGAUCUCUAGAUCAAACAAUAAUUAGGACAAUUAAGCAAUAGGGACUUUGAGAUGCCACGAAGGCAACGACAAUGAGGUCGUCAAAAAAGCAGUAGGUUGAAUAGGUAAAACAAUAACUCUGCACGUGCAUCACGCUUUUUUGUACAUUUCUUUGCCGUCACUGCACGACUACGAGGGGAAAAUGCCUAAUUUCAGGUUUUAUGGAGGACGUAAAAAAGCGACGGCUAUGAAUAUGGUUCUUAGGUAUUCGGCUCAAAAAGAAUUCGCUUGCGUUUGACAAAGUAAAUGAGUUGGAGUAAUCGUUAAAGAAUCGCAAAUUCACUUUUAAGCGACGUUUUCGUGGCCGUCGCCGUUGUGGUAUCUUAAACUCCGUAAUGACGACGACGACAGUAGGAAACGUCUCUCAAAAAGUGAAUUCGUGCUGCUUAUUCCAUGUCGUUCGAUUUGUCAAAUGUUAGUAAUUUUUCUGGAGUUGAUAUCUAAUAAACUGUAUCUAAAUUUUUAAAAAAGAAAAAAAAAAUCUUUCCCUUGUAUUCACGUCCUCUACAAAACGUGAAAUUUUAACGUCGUGUUUGUGCAACGACGGCAAGGAAAUGAACAAAAUGAGCAAAAUGGUUGUUUUCAUUAUCCUGCUCUUUUUUGCGGUUCUCGUUGCCGUUGUCUGUCGUCGUUGCGUAAG